AUGUUGGGCUACAACCCAAGAAAGUGGGACGUCGACAUUGAUCGAUUCCUCAAUCCCUUCAUACCGCCUCCGCCUUGGAAACACCUUCCAUAUCCCAUUUCUCACUUUUUUGGCUACCGCAAGUCAAAGCCUGAAACUGUCGGCAACCUCGUUUCAAUCUUUUGGGCCUGUGUUGGCGUGUUCUGCGGCGUCGCCGUGGUCUCCAUCGUCUCUCGCCAGAUACCGUCGUUCAGAGAGCAUGGCGCGCCCAUUAUUGUGGGCAGUUUUGGCGCAGCCGCCGUUUUAGAGUUCUACUCGAUCGAAUCGCCCCUCUCGCAGCCCCGUAACUCAGUCUUCGGCCAACUUUUGUCCGCCGUGGUAGGGGUAGCGAUCUGCAAGCUGUUCCAGCUGAGCCCGCACUUUGAUUCCGUACGCUGGCUGGGAGGGGCCUUGUCAUGCGCCCUGGCGACGACCGUUAUGGCGCUUACGAAGACGGUUCACCCCCCUGCUGGCGCGACGGCGCUGCUCGCGGUCGUCGAUGACGGCGUCGUCCACCUGGGGUGGUUCUUGGUGCCCGUUGUGCUCCUCGGCUGCGCCCUGAUGCUUGUCGUCGCAUUACUCAUUAACAAUAUCCAGCGGCGCUUCCCGCAGUAUUGGUGGGCGCCCGAGGACCUUCGGCUACACCGCGUGCCACGCAGGCGCCGCCGUGGGGACAUGGACGAUGUGGAAAGCAAGGGGGAGCCCAAACACGACGAGAUUGAUGCGCGCAGCAAAGGCGAUUCUACUGUGGGAGAGGAUCCAGUGCUGAUUGUGAGACCGGGAGAAGUUGUUGUGCCGGAAGGCCUUUUCAUCACGCCGGAGGAGAAGUUGUUUUUAGAAGAAUUGAGUAAUCGGUUGUAA